CCCUCACCAUUUAAAAAGAAAAAAGAAAAAGGAGCAGUAGUCGUGGAAAGCUAGCAAGAUGGGUCCUGUCGUUGCCACUUACUUCCGGAGUCUUCUUCUAAGACAACGUUUACUGUUGAAAUUGGCAAUGGGCGGUUGUGGACAUUGGAGCCCAGUGCGAUUUAUCGCUUUUACCCACCCACACGCAACUGAUACGGAGGGGAGAACUGCGCAUGGAUCCAUUCCCCUCGCUCAGCGUGUACCCACUCCCGCAGCAUUUUCCUCAGAGUGGGCUCUGGAGGAUCCAACUGUGGGAAUUCACACUACUGGGCAAUGGACCGGUGAACAGUGCACAAAAGGCAUAAGAUACAUGCGAGUGUACCGAUUUGAAACACUAGAGAAGUCGCAUCGCGAUGAGCUUCUGUAUCUUUGCGAUUUACUUACCCAAUUUGAGCAAUACCGCACCGCGGAGGCCCGCAAUGUCAUUGCGAAUGAGGAUAUGAAGAACUCAAUGGAAUGUGCGGCUGGUAACGACUCAUGCCCUUCGAUGUGCCACACACCUGAAAAGGCGCACGAAAAUCGAGCACGACGAGGGAAGGCUUCAACCCCGCCGCACUCCACCCCAAGGGUUCAUGGGGCUUUCGUGGCGUGCUGCAUUCGCUGCCAGGUUUAUAACAGGGACGACGGGAACGGACAGAUGCUCGCGAAUGCGUUGGAGACGGGGCCCAGAGCCCAGGGCCAUUUCACCUCUCUGCGUUUCACUGGGGUCAAUUACGCACUCCAUCACUGCGUGAAUCGUGGUCAGACGCUCAGCGGAAUCCUCAAGGGUUGUGCAGAGCAAAAUGCCUUUGGCGCUGUCGCGGCCAGUGGUCAGCCGUACACCGCGGUAUCGCACAUUUACUUAGCAUCCGGCGUAUCUUUUGCUGCCGACUUUACCGAGCUUCAGGGGAUGACUUUCGCCCAGAGAGUGCGCACCAAACCCCUUCCAACUUUAGAUGCAGGAUUUCCUUGCCCGGAGUGCUGGCGACAUAUUGAGCGGGUAGCGCUAACCCGACGCGACGAACAGCUUCCACCAUUAUCUCUUUACCUGUGGGUGGCCACUGAGGAGGCUGCCCUGUGUUGUAUGUCGCGUGCCAAGCAGAAAAUCGCACGCCUUCAGGGCUAUAUUGACAUCAACUUUGUUGUCAAGUAG